AUGACCAGCACCACAACUGUAUUUCCCAACUGCUUCAACACUUCAACUACAACAACGAUUUGGGCUAACUGCACGCCACCUUAUAACUCUACAACACUCGAUGAUAACGUCAUCUGGAAACCGGAGGUAAUUCAGCGGGUAUCACUUAUCAUCUUCGGAAUGGUCUUCUCAUUUGUUGGAAACUCGCUAAUCAUACUGAUACUGACUUGUAGCCGACACAGAAAACGGAACAACCGAGUCAACAUCUUCAUUGUCCAGCUGGCUAUUGGGGAUCUUUCAGUUUGUUUUUGUAAUAUGACCACAGAGAUUCUAUUCGUUGCCUUUGGCCAAUGGGUACUGGGGCCAGCCUUAUGUAAAAUCCUUACUUAUAUUCAAUGUAUUACUCUGGCCAGUACAACUUUCAUACUGACGUCCAUGAGUUUUGAUAGAUACCUCGCAAUCUGCAAACCAUUGAAAUACCGAGGUACUGCAACGAAGGCAAGAAUGUUAAUCGCCAUCUCGUGGAUCCUUGCAUCUAUUCUUGCCAUCCCACAGCUGUUAAUAUUCGUGGAAGUAAUCGAGGAGAAAGACGGAAGGGUGGGCCAUUACUGUAAGAGUAAAGGUUACACAGCAGAAUGGCAGCGAAUGUUGUACAUUUCUUUUCUUACGUGCUAUGUGUUUGUGAUUCCAAUGAUUCUGAUAUCCUUUUGUUACAUUAGCAUUGUCUGUGUGGUCUCUCAGGCUAGUCGAGUCGUCCAGAACACACAGAACAACAACUGCACAUUCAGAAGGUCAGGUUUAGGAGGAAAUAAAUCAACUUUCCCUCGCGCUAAAAUUAAAACCUUAAAAAUGACCUUCGCCAUUAUUGCUACAUUUAUCGUUUGCUGGACUCCGUACUUUGUAACCACACUUAUCCGUGUCUAUAGUAACUAUAAAAUAUCCGUGCCAGAAUACGUCAUGGCGGUUGUCGAAACGACCACGUUUAUACAAAGCGUUGUUAACCCUUUAAUUUAUUGGUGCUUCAACAUGAACAUCAAGCGAGGGAUUGUACAACAUCUAUGUCCAAACGUUGAACAAUUUGACCGGCGGUAUCCGAGCUACAGGACUCCGGGACUUUGUCUCUCUGUCUCCAGUGGACAGGCCCAUCACCAGAAACCGGUCUACGAGAUGAAACUUUGUGGGAACACGCGCCUUCAGGCUAACAUCAACUCCAACAACGGAUCCAAUUCUGACAGUGGGAACUCCCAAGACCGUCUUGGUCGUGGAUCUAGUCUCAUUACAGUAACAGAAGAAAAUAAAAAUGGCGUGCGGCUUCGUGUGCGGUUUGCCAGUAAGGAGCAGUGUAGGUGUCUUUCUAGUGAUAUUCUUAAUUACUGCCAUACGGACAUUUCAGUACCUUACGACUUGCUUCAGCAACACUCGGGCCCAAACUCCAAAAUGCCAAUCUACAAACACCACUCUCUCCAACAGCUGUAUACGUAA